AUGGACCUUCGAGUGUAUGUUGAUGGUGUUGCACGUAUCAUCUGUGAUUUAACUCGAAAAACUACUGUACAUGAUAUUAUCAUAGCACUUGCUCAAUAUAAAGGUAAAGCAGGUAGAUAUUCAUUAAUUCAAUGUUCACCAGAUGGUAUUCAAAGAACAUUAUCACCAAAUGAAUUAACAUGUGAACUUAUUCAUCAUCCUGAUUGGAUUUAUAUAUUACAACAAAAUCCAUCAAAUAUAAAUUUAUCAUAUGUUCAAAAACGUUCAAAAAGUUUAGAUGGACGAAAAACACCAAUCGAACAACAAAAACAACAACAGACAACUGUUGACAUUGUUUCACCAUUAAAUUCCUCAUCUGGUUAUUUUCGAACAAUAGCAAAUAAUAAUAGUUAUGUUAGUUCUACAACAUUAUCAUCUUCAAAUAAAAAACGUUCAAAUUUACAUCAAAUAUUUCCAUCCACAAAUAAAAAUAAUAGCAAUAAUACAAUUCAUUCGAAUGAAUCAUUAUCAUCACCUAUUAUACAUAAACGUUUAUCACGUACACCUAUACAAAAUUCAUUAGAUAAUCAUCAUACUAUUAAUCAUACAAGAGCAAAAUCUGCUGUACCAUCAUCUAUGCAUGAUAAUAGUGCAUUUCAUAUUGUUCAUCAAUCAAAUAAUAAUAAUCAUAUAAAUACUCAACAACAACAACAACAAUAUAUUGCUUUAUUACAAGUACUUAAAUCACAAGAAAUUCAAAUUGAACAACAAAAAAAUGAAUUAAGUGAAAAACAAAAAGAAAUUGAAUAUUAUGAUGUAAUUCUUCAUCAAGGACAAAUAUAUCAAGAUAAUAUUCAACAUGAAAUACAAAUACUUGAAGAACGUGAACGACGUCUUUUUUCUGAAUGUCAAACAUUAACACAAGAAUAUUCACCAGAUAAAUUAGAUUUUGAAUUAGAUUAUCAUAAAAAAUUAAAUUCAAAUUAUGAACAUAUACAACAACAAUUAACACGUUCUUCAUCAACAUUAGAACAAAAAAAACAAUUACAAGAACAACUUCAAUAUAAUAUUAAUCAAACACAUGAAGAUAUUGAAAAAAUACAACGAAAUAUUAAUAAUGAUAAAAAGGAAAUAAUUCAAUGUGAAUAUGACCUUGAACGUUCAAAUUCUUCAUUGAAACAACAAGAAGAUUUGUUACGUAUAUUAACUCAACGUACUGAUGAUACAGAACGUAUUAUUCAACAACGUCGAAAACGAAUAAUUGAAUUAGAAAAUGAAGUAGUUCAAUUAGAUAAUUUAUUGAUUUAUAGUCUGGCUAAAUCACCAUAUCAUUUUCAUUCAAAUUCAUCAACUGAUAUUGUUAAAUCAGGUCAUCUUGAACUUAUGAAUAGUACUUUAUUAAAAUUAUGCCCAAGUGGAAUUUGGGUGUAA